UCAAUGAAAGAGCCCUUGGAAAGUGGAGACACACCUCUACAUGAGAAGCCUCAAUCUAUAAACGAGGCAGAUCAAAAACCUGAAAUUACAACCAAUUAUCCUACUUCAAUGAAAGAGCCCUUGGAAAGUGGAGACACACCUCUACAUGUUGCAGCAAGGACUAAAAACUUUCAUAUGGUGGUUUCGUUGCUGAAUAUACGGGGCAUAGACAAGGAAGCUUUCAACAAGGCAGGACUAACAGCCCUGGACAUUGUAAGAGAAAACACAGAGUACCAUGAAAGUUACCGGAUGAUUGCACUACUGGCAAAUUAUCCUCCCAAGAGCAAACCCUUCCUGUACAGCGCUCCAAAGGUAAGUGCCAAAAAAUACAAGAAAGCCAUUGACAUGGUCAAUAACACAUUUGAUGGCAGGCGCAACACAGAAUUAGUGGUAGCAGUGUUGUUGGCCACAAUGUCCUUUACGGCGGUCUUCACCAUUCCAGGAGGUUUCAAGACGGAGAUACAGAAAGAGAAUGGAGAGACAGAUAAAAUGUUAGGCCUGCCAAUUCUGAUUGGAAUCGAAUCCUUCAAGCUGUUUCUCAUUUUCGAUUGCCUGGCCUUUUUUGUGUCUCUAUUUGUGGUGCUCGUGUGGCAGAUGAGCACACCUCUUACCACGGGAGAUAAGGUAUUGUUCCUAAUUAUCACUAACUUGUUGGUUUGCGCCUCCUUUGCCUUCACAGCCUAUGGUUUCAUGGCUGCUGUCUAUACCAUGCUUGCCCAUAAACACCAAAAGCUUGCUUGGGUUCUGUUUUGGGCAUGCACCAUCAUCUGCUGCACUGGUAAUAUCGUUUUUUUCUAUUUGGCUGCAAUGUUUUCUGUAAAGCUGGCCAGAUUCAACUUCUUGCGCGGUGUACAUCCUUUCCUUCGUGAUCGUCUGUUGGAGUUUGUGUGGCUCAAAUUGGAAAGUAUUGGAGCUUUAGACUGCAUCCGCUCGUGCAAAAUCAGAUAUAUUAAUUGGCUUUAUGGCUAUACGCUCAUGGAAGAAGGAAAAGUGGAGAGUCAAUCAACAGAGCUGGUAAGUGGAGUCAGAUCCGGUAAAGAGGGGAAUCAAUCUACUGGUUGUUUAUCGAUGAGCUCUAGUAAAAGCAUGAGAUCUUGUAAAGAGGGGAAAAUCGAAAAUUUAUGAGAUUUACUGUUUGAGUUGGUUUAGUGGUGGAGAUUUUGUAUUUUUCGAAGGGAGGUUUCAUAAGUUCAAAUCUCACAAGCAAGUAAGGUAUUUAUGCCUUGUUUGUAGUGCAAUUGGUGCCUCCUAUAUUACUCUAACCUAUCUUAGACCCAUAUACAGAUUGCUGGCGCCUUGUAUAA